AUGUCGCGUCAACUCAUCUCCAGCGAGAAGUUCCCUACUAAGCCGCACAAUUGCCCGGCAACUAAGGUCCCCGGUCUCGUCUUCUGCGCUGGACAGACAGCUACAGGAGAGAUCAAACAGGCCACGAGAACCGUCCUGCAAAAUCUCAAGGAAGUACUCGAGCUCUCCGGCUCAUCGCUCGAACAGGUGGUCAAAUACAAUGUUUAUUUGGCCGAUAUGAAAGAUUUCGCCGCUAUGAAUGAGGUCUAUAUUGAUUUCUUGCCUCAGCCCAUGCCUUCGCGCUCGUGCCUCCAGGCCGUUCCUCCGGGUGAUGGUACUGUCAUUGAGAUUGAGUGCAUUGCUCAGGCUUAA